AUGGCUUGACCAAAUGAAAUCAAAUGGCAACUGAUGAUGGCCUCUUGUCAACGACGUUCCGGAAACUAUCAGAAAGCACUCGAUUUGUAUCGUCAGAUUCAUCGACGUUUCCCAGAAAAUAUUGAAUGCUUGAAGUUCCUUGUACGAAUUUGCACAGAUCUGGGAAUGCCUGAGGCCAAAGAUUUUAUUGAGAAGUUAUCAAAAGCCGAAAAAGUUCGACAGCUCCGAAUGCAACGUGAAAAUGACUCAGGUCAAGGCAAGCGAUCAGCUACAACUUCUGCACCGAGUGCACCACCAGCAACCUCACGUUUGUUG